AUGUAUAUCUGUGGUAAAAAACCUAUCAACAAUUCUGUUAUUUAUUGUCCAAAUGUAACUGAAUUAACAAUUAAGAAUUAUUUUAAAACAUAUGAUGAUUCGAUUUCAACAAUUCUUAAUCAAAUUAUUCCUUUAAAACAGCUUAAUAAAAUGGUUAUUGAUUGUGAUAAGUUUUCAGUUGAACAGAUUGUGAAUUUAAUACGUUCAACACCUAAUUUACAUACAUUAAAAUGGAAUAUUCAAUCUAUUAGUGAAUCUAAAUUAAAAUUAAUUCAACAAAGUGAAGUAUUUCGAUACGUAUCAAGUACAAAUAAUAUUCAAAAUUUACAACUUCUUCAUUGUUAUUCAUUCGAUGAAAUUCAAUUUUUUAUUAAUUUAUUUCCACAAUUAAAAUAUCUUAAAACUGGAAUAUAUAGAAAAGAAAUAAUUCCAAUUAUACAAUGUCUAUUAUCAAAAAUGCAUCAUUUGUUUUUCUUAUGUAUUACAAAUAUCUCAAAAACAUAUUUACAAAAAUUACAUGGUUUAAUUAAAUCAGAAAAUUUACUUGAUGAUUAUUUUAUUAAAUUUAUUGAUCAUAAUUUGUAUUUAUGGUGGUAG